AUGUCCGGUCGCAAGGACUUUCUGAGCCAGCCGGCGCCUGAGAACUAUGUGGCCGGCUUGGGUAGAGGUGCGACAGGUUUCACAACGCGCUCAGAUCUCGGUCCCGCCAGGGAAGGACUCAGCGAUGAGCAGAUGAAGGAGAUUCUGGCCAAGCGUGCCGCCCAACUUGGAAACGCGCCGCCCACAGCGUAUGGAGUGCCUGGAAAGAAAGAAGAUGACGACGAUGACGACGAGCGCUUCCAAGACCCCGACAACGAGACAGGCCUAUUCGCAGGCGCCAACUACGAUCGUGAAGAUGACGAGGCCGACAAAAUCUACGCCGAGGUCGACGCAAAGAUGGACAAGAGACGGAGGGCGAGGCGCGAAGAGCGCGAGCGCAAAGAAAGAGAAGAAUAUGAGCGCAACAACCCGAAGAUCCAACAGCAAUUUGCAGACUUGAAGAGAGAGCUUGGAGGUCUCACCGACGAAGACUGGCAGAACAUCCCCGAGGUUGGAGAUUUGACGGGCAAGAAUCGAAGGGCAAAGCAGAACCUGCGCGAGAGAUUCUAUGCCGUUCCAGACAGUGUCUUGGCUGGCGCAAGAGAUUCAACACAGUUUGACACAACCGUCAACGAUGAUGGAGCUCAGCCUAGUGCUGCCGCAGACAAUCUGGAAGGCGCAAUGACAAACUUCGCCAACAUCGGAGCUGCGAGAGACAAGGUCUUGCAAGUCCGUCUGGAUCAAGCCGCGCAAGGCGAUGUCGCUUCCGGAACCGCAACGAGUAUCGAUCCGAGAGGCUACUUGACAUCUCUGACAAAGUCUGAAGUCAAGGCCAGCGAAAUCCCGGUUGCUGAUGUCGCAAGAGCGCGUGAGCUGCUCAGAUCUGUCAUCAACACGAACAAGAAGCACGGUCCUGGCUGGAUCGCCGCAGCACGCUUGGAAGAAUUCGCUGGAAAGAUUGUCGCUGCACGAAACCUGCUGGCUCAAGCAGUAGAGUUCUGUCCGAAGUCCGAGGAUGUCUGGCUAGAAUCUAUGCGCCUGAACGAGAACCACAACGCCAAAAUCAUUGCUAAGGAAGCUCUCAAAUACAAUGACCGCUCAGUGCGACUCUGGGUGGAAGCAAUGAAGCUAGAAACCAUCAUGUCUAACAAGAAGCGUGUAUUGAGACAAGCUCUCGAUCACGUCCCGCAAUCCGUCGCAAUCUGGAAAGAAGCCGUCAAUCUCGAGGAGGAUCCAGCCGAUGCCCGACUUCUGCUCGCAAAGGCCACCGAAUUAAUUCCAUUGUCCGUGGACCUGUGGCUUGCUCUCGCUCGAUUGGAAAGUCCCGAAAAUGCGCAAGUCGUCCUGAACAAAGCGAGAAAGGCCGUUCCGACUUCUUGGGAAAUCUGGGUGGCCGCUGCUCGACUACAAGAGCAGAUUGGCGCUGAGCAGAUGGUUGGAAAGAUUAUGGAUCGUGCUGUAAAGUCUUUAGCACGCGAGUCAGCCAUGCUGGAGCGCGAGAGAUGGAUUGAAGUUGCCGAGAAUUGCGAAGAAGAAGGUGCAAAUCUUACCUGCAAAGCAAUCGUGGAGCAUACGCUCGGCUGGGGACUUGACGAGGACGACGAUCGCAGAAAGAUCUGGAUGGACGACGCAAAAUCUUCCAUGGUCAGAGGUCGUUAUCAAACGGCACGUUCCAUCUACGCUUACGCAAUCCGGGUGUUCCCUAACAGCAGCAUCAUCUGGUUGGCCGCAGGCGAUAUGGAACGUAACCACGGUUCAAGAGAGUCUCUCGUAUCUUUGCUGGAGAAGGCAGUUGAAGCAGUACCUACUAACGAAGUGCUGUGGAUGCAGCUCGCCAGGGAAAGAUGGAACGCAGGAGACAUCAACGAGGCUCGUAAAGUCUUGGGUAAAGCCUUCCAACAGCAGCCCGGAAACGAAGAUAUCUGGCUGGCAGCUGUCAAGCUUGAAGCAGAUAACGGAGAAGUUGACCAAGCGCGCGACCUUCUAAGAACGGCACGACAAGAGGCAGGUACUGACAGAGUCUGGAUCAAGAGUGUUGCUUUCGAGAGACAGCAAGGUGAUAGAGAAGCUGCUCUUGAUCUUGUCAACCAAGGUCUUCAGCUUUAUCCCAAAGCCGCCAAGCUCUGGAUGCAAAAAGGACAAAUCUAUGAUAGCAAAGGCAUGCUCCCGCAAGCGCGUGAAGCCUUCAAUACCGGAACAAGAGCUUGUCCGCAGAGUGUGCCAUUGUGGCUACUCGCGACUCGCACUGAAGAGAAGGCAGGUGUCCUUGUCAAAGCACGCAGUAUUCUUGACCGAGCACGUCUUGCGGUACCAAAAAACCCCGAGCUUUGGACAGAGUCUGUUCGACUCGAGAGACGCGCAGGAAACACUGCCGCAGCCAACCAAAAGAUGGCACAAGCUCUACAAGAAUGCCCAACCAGCGGCUUACUAUGGAGUGAGAGAAUCUGGCAUCUUGAAGCUCGCACACAACGCAAACCCCGUACACUGGAGGCGAUCAAGAAGAACGACAGUGAUCCUAUCUUGUACGUGACGGCUGCGCGUGUCUUCUGGGGCGAGCGAAAAUUGGACAAGGCAGUGACUUGGUUUGAAAAGGCGAUUGUCGCUGAUCCGGAUGUUGGUGACUCAUGGGCCUACUACUUGAAGUUCUUGAGACAGCACGGCACAGAAGAGAAGCAAGAGGAGACUAUCAACAAGUGUGUACUCAGUGAGCCCAAGCACGGAGAAGUCUGGCAGAGUAUCGCAAAGGCACCCGAAAACUCCAAAUUGGGUGUUGAGGAGAUCCUCAAACUCGUUGCUAGCAAGCUGGACUAG